AUGAAUUUUAACUUUUUUAUACGAAAUUCCUUAGUGGGUUUCUGCCUUAGGAUACUGAAUUCAACCGUUGUCAUCGGACUCUAUUAUGGAUUUCUUACUACAGCCUACAUAGGACCGUCUUAUCUCUUCCUUAUUCAAGCCCGGGUUAUGGAAAAAGGUUCCGAGACGGAAAUAGCAGCAACAAGCGGGUUUCUUACGGGACGCGUCAUGAUGUUCAUAUCGAUAUAUUAUGCGCCUUUGCAUUUGGCAUUGAAUCGACCUCAUACACUAACAUUCUUAACUCUGCCGUAUCUUUUCUGUAAUCAUGUCUAUCAAAAUAACAAACAUUACUAUUCGAACGAUUGGGGUUGGGCAUACUACCGGGAGGAUUCUGGAGACAACAAUCCAAAUUCAAUACGUAAUUUUAGGACUUACAAAGUAUUCUUUAACAAUCUUUUUUUUUCAAUUAUUAAACCCCUUUCUUUUCCCAAGUUCAAUCUUAAUAAGAUUAAUGAACAUUUAUCUGUUUCGAUCCAACAAUAA